AUGUUGCGUUCGUUACAGAAAAGGAGGUCAACCAACAAAGUCCUGAAAGUUCUUGCAGCGAUCGCAGUUAUUAUUUGCCUAGCGGCAUGCACCUCGAUACAGUGGCAUGGUAUCAACAUUUUAAAGCAGCGAGUGGAUGAUCAGGAAUACGAAGGUGGGACUAUUGAUGACGUGAGGUUGAUAAAAUGCUUCCAUUGGUUUGGAAGUUGUCGGGUUAUAUAUGAUCAACUUAACUCAGGAGAAAAAUUUGUGCCUUGGUUGAGAGUGAGAAAGGACAUAACCGAUGAGAAAAUAUUUGCUGUAGAGCAUGGCUUGUUUUAUAACUCCUUCCUAUAUGUCCAUCCGAGCACUGUAGAGGGUGAUCAUGGAUGCAUUUCUGACUUGGUAAUAGCAAGAGACAAGUCAGCAGUUCCGAUGAGGGUCCUACAAGAUAUUAACGACAAGAUAAGAUCUAAGGAUAGUUCAAUGUUCCACAAACAUGAUCAAAAACUUGGAUUCUGGGCCCAGUUGCUUGGGAGAAAAUCGGAGAAUCUGGCUGUGCGUGGCGAAGACUGGCACUACAAGCGUUCCGGUGUAUGGUGCAAAUAUGCUUUGGUUCACAGCGCUAAUGAGGGAAAGCUGGUGACAAAUGUGCAGCUGUUUGUUGGGAAAGGGUUUGCUGAAAGUCGAUCAAUGUGGCGAAGUGCGGUUACCGAGUUACCGCGCAAAGGAGGUGCUCCUUUAUCCAUUAGCGUCGAGAAAUUUGACAGUAACCAAGUGCCUCAAAAGUAUGCAAGUGAGGGUCAUCUCUUUAUGCGUGACGGAAAGUUUAAGAUCUUACAGAUUUCUGAUUUGCAUAUUGGCUCUUCUGAUCAUAUAGGUGAUCCUCAGAAAACUAGUGAUCAGUUGACCACGCAAUUCAUUUCUCAUGUCUUAGAAAUUGAGGAUCCUGACUUGGUGAUUGUUACCGGUGACCUUAUCGACGGAGCUGUCACAUUGGACUACCAAACGGCUCUUUUGAAGGCACUUCAGCCAAUGAUAAGUCGGGGCACUCCUUGGGUGGUAAGCUGGGGACUAUCAGAUUACUCACGUUUUGCUCCAAGGGGCCAUCUUUCAAAGUUUGUCCAGCAAUUACCAUAUUGCUUGGUGGGUACAAUUAAAAACAUUGCCAAUCUCGCGACACCAAACACAACAAAUAGUGCUAUAACCCUUAACAAAAACGAUGAAGUAGUGGGGAUAAUAUAUAUUCUGGAUUCAUCGGCUGCUGAAAACCCUAUAGAUUUCAUGAAAGCUGCCCAUAAGCAUACCAUUGAGAGUUUGACCGGUGCUCUAACCUAUUCAUUGGCAUUUCAGCACUCACCUAUUCCAGAAUAUCGUCCUGUUGGAAAAUUUCCCAUAAUUGGUUCUUUCAACGAAAAGGGCCCAUUGGAUGUCGCCCAGUUUGGAAUAAGUGAUGUCUUGAAUGAUCUGGGAGUCCAAACCUUAAGCUGCGGAAAGGAGCACGAAAAUGACUGUUGUCUCUUUGUGAAAAAUGUUUGGCUAUGCUAUGGGGGUCAAACAGGGGUAGCGGGCUACUCACCUGCCGAAAGACAAACUUCAGUUGUCAGAUUAUUUCGCGUUGAUGACAACAUAAGAGAAAUCACAACAUGGAAGCGAAAUAUCAAUAAUCCCAAGGCUGUUUAUGAUUAUCAAUUUCUAUUCAAUGACGAACACUAA